AGGAUCUAGGGUUCCAAUCUUGAAUUCUCUCGGACUUAUCCUCACUGUCACUCCCUACCUUCUGCUUUCCUUUUCCAUUUUUCUCCCUCUUAACAGUCAAGCUCAACGAAGGGACAAUCGACUAAAACUUAAUCGUCAAUUAGGGUUUUUAUAUGCGGCAAAGCAAAUUGGGCGAUUGGAUUGCUAAAACGCGAUUGGAGUUAUAAGAUACAUCAAUCUAUUUAUUUGGGAAUAGAAACGAAUCGAAUCGAAUCGAACUUUUGAUUUGUUAAUAUGAGAAGAUUGCAGAAAUCAAAAAGGGUUUCAUGGGCUACUGAAGUUAAUCUAUGUCAGGUGAUUCCAGUCUCGUAAUUUGUGCUCAACUGAGUUGGGAAACGGAGGAUGGGGCAUUGGUAAGGAUGUUUUUGUCGGAAGACGCUCCUUCACAGGUUGGAAUGGGAGCCCAAGAACAUCUCCAGGCAAAGGCAUGGCCGUUACAUGCAGGUGGCAUGGGGUCCGAAAACAACUUGCCCCCAGGCUUUGAGUUAAGCCAACCUGCAAAUCAUUGGGCAGUGAAGCUAUCUCAUAUAUCUCUAGUGAAAUGGAAGUGUCCUCCAAGGAUUGGUGUAGAUAGCUCUUGGAUGGUUGUUGCUGGGGAAGAAAGCAGAGAAAUUGAAACCCAGAAUCAACGAGAAAUGAGAGUGCUAGAAGCAAUAUAUCCACGCCCAUCAGCCAUUCCUUUAAACCCUUCUGCAUUAGUCGGUGCAGAAGACUCAACUAACAACGACCAAUGCACUCCUGUGGUUCCCAUCACAACAAUUGAAGACGAGGAUGCUUCUGUGGAUACAUCGUAUGACUCCAUGAGAUCAAACGGAACUCCCAUGAUCGCCCAGCCACAGCAAUCGCCUCAUGGGGCAUUUUUAUCCCAGGCCAAUGCUUCUUCAAAACCUCCCGAUAUGAUCGCAGCUGCACAAGCUGCCCUGUCAUCAUUCAUGCCGAAUAGUGAUCAGGGGAACCUGAUAGACCGUGAACUGCUCAUGAAACUUCUCAGUGAGCCGAAAAUGAUCGAGCAACUGAUUGCAAACCAUGCUGCAUCUUCCAGUGGACAAAAUGUUGCAUCAUUUAGUGUGCCAUCCUCAUCCACCUACCAUGGUAUGCCAACUAUUGGAACCAAAAGUGUUGCAUCGUGUAGUUCGCCUGGAAUGCCGUCAACCAGUGCACAUUAUAUCCCCAAUUCGGUUUCGACUCCAAAGAGUUCUUUUGAUUCAGCUAAUAUGGCUGUCCAUCGGAGAGAGCCACUCUCUGGCCGUGUUACAAGGCCAGAAAUGGCUGUUCACUCGUCUAUUUCUGCAGCAUCCGGACCUUAUCAUCAUCCAAGCAGGACAGGAUCCAUCUCCCAUCUACGACCAUCAGUACCCGAUGUCGUAUCCACACCCCCUCCAUCAGUAGCGGCUCCUGUAGCAAAGGAUAUCAACUAUUACAAGAGCCUCAUUCAGCAACAUGGAGGGGAGAGAAGAGAGACUAUGCCCCAGUUUGGUCAUCAAAGCAACCAAGGGCCGGGGAUGGGUCAAGAACCUCCAAGUAACCCGAUGAUGAGGCCAAGGGACACGAAGCCAAGGAUAAUGAAGCCUUGCCUCUAUUUCAACAGUCCGAGGGGUUGCAGGAACGGGGUGAACUGCGCCUUUCAGCACGAUGUAACAUCACAGCCGAAAGGCAAUAAUAGUAUUCCGGAUGUUCAAGGUACUAAGAGAAUGAAACUGGACAGGGAAAUUACUGGUGCAUGAUUUUGUGUAAAUCAAUUUGCUGAGGGCCAAUUGAUAUUUGUUACUAUGAUAUUUUGUCCCCAAUUUUGAAGUUUUGGAUAAGAAGCUUUAUUUCUUUCUCCAAUAGUUUUUGACCUGAUUGAACUCUUUUGAUGAUUCAAUACGAAUGUUCUUAUACAGUGAUAGCA